CAUGGAUCUGGUCAUCACGCAAGAGCUGGCCCGCACCGAAAGCCACCAAGACCAGGCCGCCCUGAAGCRAGCCUACGAGCUCAUCAAGUCUGCCAACAUGGGGAAGUCUGAGUUCGACCCCUCAGAGAGCUUUAGCCCGGACCUGUUCGUGCUGUGUGCAGAGCAGGCCCUCAAGAUGGGGCAGCCAGAGAUGAGCGAGGACUGCAUCCAAAUGUACUUCAAGGUGAAGGGGCCAGUCACCCAGUUUCUGGGCCGAGCACACCUGUGCAGGGCCCAGCUGUGUGCCCCUACGUCGUCAGACAACCUGGAGGAAUUUGAAAACUGCGUGACUCAGUACAUGAAAGCUAUAAACUUUGCAAAAGGGGAACCCAGGUACUACUUCCUGGUGUACAAUGCCUCCGUGCUCUACUGGCACAUGGUGAGGCCGUUCCUCAAGCCUGGAUGCCACCAGUACGUGAUCCCCAGCCUCUCCCAGAUCGUGAGCGUGCUAAACCAGACAGAGGAGGAAGACAAGGAAUGGCGGGCGGAGCUGAUGCUGGAACUUCUUGAGUGUUACCUGCAAGCUGGGAAAAAGGAGGAGGCAGCCAAGUUUUGUUUGACGGCAGCGCCAUUCAUAAAAGCCAACGUGCCCCACAAGUACCAGCAGAUAUACUCCGUCAUGGUUCGUCAUGAAUUAAUGGAUGAGCUUCACUUAAAGAUGGAAAAGAAAACUUCCAUCAGCCUGUCAGUGUCUUUCCACAUCAAUUCCCUCAAAGCAAAGCUGGAUAAAAAUGAGUUACCGGAAGACGUCUCUUCGAUUCUGAAGAGGGCCUACAGACAGAUAGGUCUGUGUAACAUCCAGCGCUUUCCUGCAAUGAGAGGAGAAAAAAUGCUUUUGCUUUUCGAAUUAGCUCGUUUCUCUCUGACCUUGAAAUGUGAAGACAUCACCUCUGACUGCCUCUCAGACCUGAAGAAAAUGGAYAGCAAAGACCCCGGAAAGCUGAUUGAGAUUGAAUGCCUGGAGUGUGAACUCGAAGCCUCCAGACUUGAAAAUAAAGUGAGAAUCUACCUCCGGACAGCUGUGGAGGCCCAGCUGAGCAUCAUUAGCAGACUGGACGUGGUGCUGCAGCGUGCCAUCCGCCUGGGCGAYCCCCAGGCCAUCCACGUGGUGUGCACCACGCAGUGGAACACCUGCCUGCCCCUGCUGCAGCACAGCCUGCGGCACCACCUGCGGAAGCCACUGACCACCGUGGCGGAGAUCCUGGAGAAGGUGGACAGCCUCAUGACUCUGCUCCGCUGCCAAGUACACAUGGAGAUGGCGCACAUCGAAGAGGACGAGGACCGGCUAGAGCCUGCCAUGGAGCACCUGCAGAAGGCCAUGCGCCUGGACACACUGGGCCUCUACCAGGACAAGCUCAAGAUGGCCUUCACCCGGCUACAACUGUGCACCAUGCUGUACCAGUCUCCUGAGCGUGCUGAGGACAGGGCCAUCAUGGUCAUCGAGCAGGCAAAAAAAGCUAUCCCCAAGGACAGCGUGAGAAAGAAGCGGGCCCUCCUGGUGAAUGCAGGCCUGGCCUUGGCCCCUGACACCUUCCAGAUUGUGCUGGACAGUGAGAAUGAAGCCAAAGUUUCCACUGGGAAAACCAGGGGCAGAUUCUCCUACCUCUUCGCAAAGGCUCGACAUCACAUGCUUAGUGUGGACAAGGCUGCUGGGCAUCUGCGGCGUCUGGGAAACGAGAAUGACCAGGAGAGAAUCCAGAUUUGGGCAGAGCUGGCCAAGGUUGCUCGGAAGCAAGAGGUGUGGGAUGUGUGCCGGACAGCCAGCCGCUUCUGCCUGCUGUAUGACAGCACCAAGGCCAAGAAGUCCCCAAGGCAGAAGAGAGGAAGGAAGAAGCGGACCACAGAAGGCUCUGUGCAGGACUGGGGCCAGUCAGAAGGGGUGCUGCCGAGGCAGCGGUCCCACAGCCUUCUGCGCAAGUUCGCCGAGGUGGGGUUCAUCAGCGCUGAGGCCACCAUCCACUUGCUGCACACAGAAGGUGUAGAGCUGAAUGACCAGGCUGUCCCCCCUGAGGACUUGAGCCAGCACCCAGCUGGCUACGUGCCUGAGCCCCCAGAGACRAACCCAGAGUGGAUCACCUACAGAACUUGGAUAGAAAGCCUGUCGGAGUACACCAUGAACAACUGGCUGCGCUCGGCGGAGAUCGGGCUGGAGAUCGGGGAGGCCUGGGUGGUACAAAAUGCUGCCGUCUACRUGCUGAACCACAACCACCAUCUCAUCGUGGCUGGGCGGCAGAGGGAGCUGGUGGACCCCCUGCAUAAGCUCCUGAGCAUCAUCAAGGCCUCUGACCACCAAGGGGAYGCGGUCCUGCUGGUGAUGCUCUGCAGUGCCCUGGCUCGAGGCCUGAUCAUCAGCUGGAUCCCCACCCAGACGCCCGAGAAGGCAAAAAAGCUCCCGAAACCAAACACUUUUCACAUCCCCCUGGACUCGGCGGCUGCCACUGAGAUCCGAACAGCAGUGGAGGUCUGCGAGUUUGCGCUGAGCCAGACCAGCGGGAGUGUGCCCGAGGAGGUGGUGCCCACCAGUGUGCGGCAGCAGCUCAUUGCCACUUGGGUGAAGGCCAAGCAGAUGGCACAGCAGCAGAUCGGGCCACGGCUGGGCACCGACGAGCAGAGCACCAGCGAGGACAUCAGCUCUGUGACUAGAGUCCUCGUAGCUCUGGAGAUGUACUCCUGCAACGGGCUGGGCCUCAUGGACUUCACGGUGCCCCCCCUGGCCCAGGUGGUGAAAAUGGCCUCCGAGUGCAGCUGGUCAGAGCCCUUGGUGGAGCUGCAGACGCUGACCAGGCUGACCCACUUUGCCUAUGCGGCCCAUGAUCAUGAGACCACCAUGACCUGCUGUCAGAUGGCCACACAGUUGGGCAUCAAGUACCUGAGGGUGUUCGGUCCGGUGGAGACCCAGCUGGUGGCGGAGAUGCUAUGCACAGCUACCUGCAUCCAGGGCCGAAGCAUCAUGGAAAACCUGAAGGGGAGGAAGCAGCUGCGGCUGGUGGCCGCCAAGGCCUUUGUGGAGAGUGCCAGGUUUGGGGGCCUCGCAGGCAGCAGCGCCCUGGUGAUGCUGGCCGCUCGUCACUACUGGAAUGCCUGGCUGCCGCUCCUAUCCUCGGCUGUCAACAGGAAGAAGGCCCAGGGGGCCGUCCAGAAGCUCAUCGGCAUCAUCAACAAGACGGAGGCCAGGAAGCAGGAGAAAGGAAACACGCUGCUGCUGCAUCAGUGGCCCACGGCGGACUUCCAGAGCAGCAGGAUGACAGCUGAGGGCCACUUUCUCCCAGGGGCCGAGGAUGACCUCACACUGCGUGCUGCCCUCUAUGGCCUGCUCUUCCACAGCCACGCUGACCAGGAUGACUGGGAGGGUGGCCUUAAGGUGCUGGAUGAGGCUGUGCACGUGCUGCCGCGCACCGCCCACCGCCUCUUGAUUUUCAAACACAUGGUCAUCGUGAAAGCCAAACUUGGCCAGAAUUUUACUAUGGAAAUUCAGAAGUUCAAGGACGAAAGCGAGGACUACUUGGCCCACAUGUGGCACCGUCUGGCCCUGAACUCAAAGACCGUGUGUGGGCARCUGACCUGCUACGAGAAUGCCAUCAAGGCACUGCAGAAGCCGGAGAGUGAGUGGCAGAAGGUGGACUACAUCCUGGAGUUCAGCCAGUGGCUCUGCUUCCAUCAGUUUCCUCUCGAAGACGUGGUCCUCCACCUCAACUGGGCAGUGGAGAUCCUGAUGGUCAUGAAACCCACCAGGGGUGACCCCGAGCUGGAGCCUGAGUGGGAGCCUGGGCUGGAAGGGGAGUGCACCUCCGUUCAGACCCCAGCAGAAGACGCUGCGACCCAGGAGGAGCCCGUCUCCUGGGAGCAGCCAUGGAAUGUGAAGCAGCUGGAAGCGCUGGCCCGCGUGCACAUCCUGCGGGCGCUGAUAGAGACCCCCAGCUCCACCCACUACCGGGACGACUGCCUGGCGGCCUACACCUUCCUCAGGCACAUCUGGCAGGUUUCUUUGUUGACAGCCGGAAAAUCAUUUCUAGAAAAUAGAAUUCUAGUAGCAGCCAGUUCGUAUAUGUCAUUGUCUAAAAAAGAGAAGGAGAAAGGAAAAGAGAAGGGGAAGGAGAAGGAGGAGAAGGAGAAGGAGAAGGUCAAGGAGAAGGAGAAGGGGAAGGAGGAGAAGGAGAAGGUCACGGAGAAGGGGAAGGAGGAGAAGGAGAAGGGGAAGGAGGAGGAGAAGGGGAAGGAGGAGAAGGAGAAGAUCAAGGAGAAGGUCAAGGAGAAGGAGAAGGGGAAGGAGGAGAAGGAGAAGAUCAAGGAGAAGGUCAAGGAGAAGGAGAAGGGGAAGGAGGAGAAGGAGAAGAUCAAGGACGGGAAGCAGGUGAGGGCCUCGGCUCCCCACAAGCAGCUCGAAGACUUGCCAGCCAGUGCGGAAGAGUGGGCUUUCUACUCCUGCCCUGAGGAGCUGCUGGCAGUGUUCAAGCAGGACCAAAGUGACUUCACCGUGAACUCCACCACCAUCCAAAAGCCGACGUACACUCUGUACUACCUGGACCUCCUGGUCAAGGCCCUGCAGAAGAUGUCUCUGCAUGAGCUCACCAUCCCGGUCCUGCAGCUGGGCGUCCUCAUCGCAGAUGCAGUGGUGGAAAGCAAGAGCCUGGCAGACCUCUACCACCUUCGGCUUGCCCGAGUGUGCUGGGACCUGAGGUUGACCGCAGCGGCUGCCCACCACGAGGCGGUGGUCGGGCAGACGUACAUCAGUGACAUGGAGCAGGCCAGCUGCAGGAAGGAGAUCGCAUUGAGAAAGGAGAAGAACAAGGAGCCCGUUCUGGAAGAAAGCCUGCCAGUGCUGAUUGAGCCUGAGGCUCCAAGCCACCCAGAAGAGGUGAAGCCACUCAUAGCCCAAGACAAGAUUCUGAAGAUAAAUGGAGAGACCGGGAGGGGUCUGGAGGGAACGUCCUAUCCCCAGCUGUGGCUGCUCAAGGCGGAGGCUCUGCUGGAAAUGAACCUGUACCAGCCUGCACGGCUGCUCCUGUCAGAGGCUUACCUGGCUUUCCAGGAGCUCAAGGAUCCUUGUGCAGAAUCACAGUGCCUGUUACUCCUGGCCCAGCUGGCCAACCAGGAGAAGAACCAUGGACAAGCUAAGAGGAUGAUCGAGAAGGCCCAGUGCCUGGGCGGAAGUGAGGAGUUUUGGUACAAUUUGACCCUGACUCUGGCCGACGCCGUCUUGUCCUCAGAAGACAAUGGGAGAGAAGCUGCGGCUUGCCGACUAUAUAAGAAGCUCAUGGAUGCCUUCAGCCACCUCCAGAAAGACAGGCCUAACCGAGUGCACACACUGAAGUUCUUCACCAUGGACCUGGAAGCCAGGAUCAUGAACCUUCGGAUCCAAAUCACCCAGAACUCAGAGCACAGCAAACUUCCUGACUGCUGGGUUUUGUUCAAGGAGAUGGAUGAUCAACUGCUGAAAAUUGAAGAAGACUUUAUUAAGUGUGGCUAUGAGGAGAAUUGUGUCAAUAUAAAACUACAGCGUGCAAAGAUAAAGAGGUUUUGUGCCCAAAAUGAGACAGAUAGAGAACACAAAGUCACACAUUACUUGGAGGCACACGACCUGAUCCAGAAAGCUGUGGCUGCAGAGGAAGAGCUGUUUCAUAGGAUCCGAGGUUUGCUGGCCCUUCAAGAGCUGCAGAACACCAACACCCCCCUGAUGAGGAAGCUGGCCCGCCACAAGCUCAGCCUGGUGGAGGUGUCCCUGGACAUGCUGCAGCUUAUGUGGGAGGAGGGGCUGGAGCAGCUGGAGCCACGGUCCCUGGAGAAGCUGCUCGAGACCUACCUGCAGAGCACCAGCGACUACACGUCCACCGGCCUGCAAUGGUUCAUGCUGAAGCGCACCCUGGCCCACUCGGUGCUGGCACAGCUGGAGAGCCUGCAGCCACUGAGCGCCGGCUGCGUGGAGAUCCAUGCCCGGCUCCUGGGCCUGGCCGGGAGGGCCCUGCACCUGCUGGCCAUGCAGGCAGACCCUCUUCGUCCCGACUUGUGCUGGGAAGACGGCUUCUCGGUGGGCGCUAAGCUGAGCAGGCUCCGAUCUCUAGAGCAAGAAGCAGAGAACAAGAGUGCCAAGGCCUUUCUCGGGGACCUGCCAGCCCUCGGAGCAGCCCCCGAGGGGAACUGCAGAAAGGGCGAGAGUCUGAGGAGGAGGAUGGUGCUGGCCCAGAGGUACCUGGCCCAGACCUCUGAGGUGCUGCUGCAGUGCCUGCAGGUAGCCCUGGACAGAGGCCUCCUGGGCAUCGCAGCUGCCGCCAGUCUUGAGAUGGUGGAAUGCAUCGGCACCCUGGACCCUGUGGCCACCUGCCAGUUCCUGGCACUGUCUCAGAGCUGCACAGCCUCCGAGGUCAUGCGGGGCAUCCUGUCCACAGCCGCCGCCAACACCAGCAGCUCCCAGCUGGCAGCCCUGCUGCAGCUCCGUCACCAGCUACAGCUACAAGACAAGACUUCCACCAGCCUGCUCGCCAGCGUGGAGCAGAGGCUGGCCACCAUCUCCAAGGCCUGGCAGAACCUCUGUGUAACAGAGCAGCAUUUCAAUCUCCUGCACGAGAUUCCACCCACCUACCGAGUCCUCUUCCUGCACCAUUCACAGGACAGGACCCGUCUGUACGGCGCUGCCUACGAGAGACCCAAGCACCAGCCCACAGCCAAGGGGAAGGUGCAGGAAGUGGGUGGCCACUGCAAGGUCAUUCGUGUAACUGUGAAUCCAGCUGCCCUCUCAGACCUGUUGGCCAGUGCCCAGCAGUUCUAUGAGCAGAUCCAGGAUCAGAYACUCAGUGAGGACACCACCCAGAACACAGGCACGGAAUCAGACAGCCCGCACGCUGAGGAGCCGGGCAGCAGCCAGCAGAGGACCAGCGGCGUGCUGGCGCCCAUGGAGGAAUACCUGAAGCCGCUCUUCCCCCUGCUCAGCCUCCCUGAGUCCAGAACACAGAUGCCUGUGGUUGUGACCGACCCAGGGAAGUCAAAGGGCAAAGAGAAAGAGCGGAGGACGUCUGUCGUACAAGCUCAGCCUGAGGGUCCCAGCCACGUGAUCCUGGUGGCAGACAAGCACCUCCUUGAGCUGCCGCUGGAAGGACUCUCUGUGCUCCACGAGGGGGCGGCCUCCUCUGUGUCGCGGGAGUUCUCUCUCCAAAUGCUGUUCAACCGCCUCCACCGCGAGGAGCCAGGUGAGAGCUUGAAAAAGGAGGGCAGAAGCAGAGACUUCAAGAGGAAAAGCCCCUCAAAGAAGGGUGUGAAGGGCGUGCUCCGGGUCGUCCCGCCAGAUUGCCUCACCAUUGACUCAGACGGCUUCAGGUUCGUCAUAGACCCCUUCGACGAGGCCCAGAGCAUCAAGAUGGUGACUCCUGUCUCUGUGACUCGGGAUAUUCUGGAAAGAUUCCAAGAGACAUACACUCUGCGAUGGUCGGGGCAUCUGGGAAAUCAGAACUUUCCAAGCCAGGCAGAGUGGGAGCAGGCGCUGGGCAGCUGCAGAGGGUUCUUCUUCUACGGGAUGGAGAGCUUCCUGUCCCACAUACUAGUGGAGAGACUGGUGGCCAUGAACCUGCAGGAGUGCCAGAUGAUGGUCCUGCUGCACCUGACACGGUCCUAUGAGAGCCUGCGGAGGCACAAGGAGGUCUCRGAGAGCAAAAGCACCUCACAGCUGUCCCUGGAGAAGCCUGUCCAGACUGCCAUCCUCCUGAGCCUGGUGGGGGUCCAGAGCAUCGUGGCCAACCAGUGGCCAACAUCACUGCAGGACAAUGCAUUGCGGGCCAGCGUCCUGUGGGACAAUCUGCUGGCACUGGGCAAGCCGAUUGGGAAGACGGUCCGGCUCCUUCAGAAGAUGGAAGGCAGCGAGAUGGCUGAGCCAGACGAGGCGUCUCAGGACCGGGCCGUGCCCCUCCAGCCAGUCCCCAGUGUGGAGCCCUUCUCCACCACCCUGGGCCUGGUCCUCUACGGGCUGCCGAACCAAGCCAUUGUGUGA